CUGCUCUUAUCGGUGGAUUUGAUUUUUGCGUUUGGCUCGAGACGGAGAUAUAAUCGUUUGUGAUCUUUUGCUUCUUGGUAAUGCAAGCUAUCUUUUGUAAGAAAAAAAAAAUCUAAACGGGAAUAUAGUGCUUAACACUUCACACUCAUCCGUCCUUUACUUUUGAAAUGCUUGUAAAAUUCAAUGAAAAUGAAAAACAAACAAAAAGAUUCGGUGGAAAUUACCUUACCUCCAUUAUAGGUAUUUUCCAAUUACAUUGUCACCUAAUUUGUAGUUUACAAUGAAUGUAGGUUCUUUUCCUUAAAAAAAAAAUUUUUAGUUUACAAUGAGAUAAUCUAAGUUAUUGUAUCCACUUUUUGAUGGUGGUGGCCACCAAGAUAACCGUAAAUUAAAGAGAUUAGCACCUUAGCCCUCUCCUUUUACAAUUGCUAAUUGCAUGUGUUGAAUGAAAGAAUGAAAAGUCAAAGAUACUUUGUUGAAGUUAACAAAAUGGGCUUCUUUAAGGCUCACCUACGCCUUAAUGGAUUGGUGGGGGUGGGUAUAGGCCCAAUGAACAGACACUUGCUUACAAAUAUAGUUCAAAUUAUUAUUCUCAAUAAAUAUGGAUCUUGACCGUAGAAUUGAAAUCCAAGGGUGGAUAAAACACCACAAAUCCACCUCAGCGACACAGUAAGCAACCGCCCUUUACUUCCGUUCCGUGUGAACCUCUCUCGACUCAUUCGCUCUCGUUCUCCCUUAUCUCCCUACUUCCCCUUUCUUCCCACUCCGGUCGCGAAGCCGGAGCAUGUCGCACGUAUUUUGGUCGGAGCAAAUUUACGACCCGCAAUUGGUCUGAUUUGCGGAGUGAGAGCGCGGCUCUGGUGCGAAUUGAUAGGCUCGACUUAGAUCACUGCCAAUUGCUCCAGUCUGAUCGCUCCUUGUCAGUCAGGUGCGUUGCUCGAUCGAUUUUGCUUUAGGAUAGUAGUGUAGGGUUUCUAGAACUCGUUCUUCCGUUUUUUCCCCAAAGAAUCGUUAAACCCGUGGGAAUGGCGCUGGAGCCCGAGGUUGGAGAAUCCGUUCGCUACACAUUCGCUUGCAUCCUGAUCUUACGGAAUUCUCAGUCGAAACAUUCCUUAGGGUUUGGUCUGUGCAUGGCGGUGAUCUCGCUUUCAUUUUGUAUAGUGCUGUAGGGUUAAGGUUAAUGCGUUGUUUCUGCUCUUAACUCGAUAUUGUGUUAGUACGCAGGUCUUCUCUUGGAAUCGUACCCUUACUACGCUGCGUGUAGGGAGCUUCUCGAGUACAGGAGAGAGAAUAGCCAAAGCGUGAUACAUUAUGUUGUGUAUGUUUCUUGAUUUUGUUCUGUGCAAUUGAUUGAGUUCAUGAUUGAUGUUAGGUUGUCUGAUGCAAUGGGGUUUGAGACGGCCAAAUAAGAUGAUGAUGUUGUCCUAGUGGAAGGAAGCGGCCUUCAAUCCACCUCUCCUAGAGCUCGUACCUUGCAUUCCACCUUUCGUAGAGCUCGUACCUUGCAUUCCACCUCUUAUAUUCAGGUUAGUGGAGUAUGUAUACUUCUAGCUUUAAUUUCUAGAAGCUAUGAUUUUCUUGGGUGGAAGGAAAGAUUAAGUUGCCUUCAUUUUAUCAGAUUCCUUCUGGUGGAUGAGCUGUUUGUGGUGGAUAAUUGAUUGAAUCUUAGAGCCAUGUAAAGUUUUGGAUUGCGUGUCAAGAGAUUACUGAAUUGUGAAAGGUGAAUCACAUUUUCACGAGACUGUCCUUUGUCUUUCACAGAUCGGAGUUCUGUUGUUGUUUAUUGGGUGGUAUCUGAAUGACAGGUAAUACAUAAUUAUGUUGUUGUUGUUUAUUGGGAGGUAUCUGAAUGACAGUUAGUUUUGUGUAAAUGUUGAAUGGCUAUGUAAACCAUUUUCCAUGCUAGAUUAUCACGAAGCGAAGUCUUCAUCUUAGCCGUGCAAAUGUAGUUUUUCACGUAUACUAUGUUGUAGUCAAUAGUUCUAUCAAAGCUGCAAAUGGUGCUCAAUUUGUUGCGUUUAAAUAUUCCUUAUCUCGAAACUUCCCUUUCUCCCCACAUCUUGUCGUCCUGCUAAUGAUUACCUUAAUAUUCAUGCCUUUGUUUGAUGUUCGAUGAUAGAAUUCUCUUGUAAAACGAGCGAGCUUGACUUUUCCUAGUCAAUUAAGCUCGACUAUGAGUCAGCUAAAUCGUUGCUAGCUCUGGUCUCAGAUUAGCCAUUGCUGAACUUCAUGCUUAUUAGUAUGUUACACUAGAGUGUAAUAUGUUUCCAUUGCUCUGUGGUGGAUCAUAGUCUGAAUCAUGUUUUGUUGCUUCCACUGCAGGGUUUCUAUUGACUCUCCUGCUACAAAAUGUGCUGACAAUCGCUUUUAUGCCCUGCUGAUAAUAACUGCCAGCAGUCCCUUCUAGUGUUCUUUGCUCUCUGUCGCUUAUAAUGUUGAGACUUAAGACAGUUAAUGGUAACCAAUAACCCUUAUAAUGCGUACUACUUUUUGUCCUUGAAGCCCACUGACUGCUAAUCAGGGUUUUUUUGGUUGCUUCUAGCGCUAAGAAAGUGAUGCUGAUCCUGAUUUCUUCAAUGUACCGAGCAUCCAAAAAGAUGUUCUGAUCCUCAUGCUAACAGGUAAUCCAUAAUUAUGUUUUUGUCCUUGAAGCCCACUGACUGCUAAUCAGGGUUUUUUUGGUUGCUUCUAGCGCUAAGAAACUGAUGCUGAUCCUGAUUUCUUCAAUGUACCGAGCAUCCAAAAAGAUUUUCUGAUCCUCAUGCUAACAGGGCAUUACAUUAGACUAACAGAAGCAAUUCUGCAAGGGCAACCUCACUUCAGCUUCCUGGAGCUUCAAGUUCAUCCCCGCAAGAUGCAGCAGACAGAAUCAACUCAAUUCGAAGAUAUAUAUAACUUCGAUGAUUAUCACAGUGGAGAUGGUUGUCAGUCGAUUGGUGUACCCUUGAAGAAGCAAGUAGCCCCUGUCGUUGGCUGUGGCAAGUACCCACUCGAAAGAAUUUUUUAUGCGGAAUCUACAAUGAUCCUAGAUGCCCUGUUCCUGUACUGAUACCAUUUUCUUCGAAGAUUGAGCAUCCAAAGAGAUGUUCUACUUCUCGUGCUAACAGGUAAUACAUGAUUAUGUUGUUUUCUGUUGGGUGGUAUCUGAAUGACAGCUGUUUAUGUGUUCAUGUUGAAUACCUAUGUAAACCAUUUGCCAUGCAUGGAAUCGAGCAAACAUGUAACUGUACUUAAUCAAGUAUACUAUGUUGUUGUCAAUAGAUCUAUCAAAGCUGCAAAUGGUGCUGAAUGACGUUUCCUAUUUGUUAUCCAAGUAAUAGAUGAUGGGAACACUCGCAACAUGGUAAUUUGAAUAGAAAGUCAUGGUCGCCCUGCUUUUUUGGUUUUGACUAGGCAUGGACGAUGAGGCUUCAUGCUUAGUAGCCCAUGUUUGCCCAUUUUGUUGAACUUCAUGCUUACUAGCACAAUAUAUGCUGUAGUAGGUGCAAGGUGUAAUAUGCUUCCAGUACUUUUUGUUUUUUGUUUUACAAGAAUGCUUCCAGUACAUUGAUGGUUGCAUUUUUGUUUUUUGUUUUCCCCACACAAAUUUGUUGUCUUGUCUAAAUGUCUCCUUUCUAUUUUGCAGUUCUUCACCGGGUUAGAGAUUACUCCAGUUACUUUUGAAGGGCUCGUAUCAUUAAUUGUGUAUGCUUCGCCUGGUGUCUCAGCAGUUGGUCAGGUAAGCUUAACGUCAUGAAUUAUUCAAGUCUGAAAGUUUUCAUAUCUGAUUUUAGAUAUAUAAGAAUAGAAAAGGUUUAGAUGACUUAAAUGAUAUUUUUUUAGAUGGGUAUUUUUGGGUGCAACUUUGUGAAUAAAUUCUUAUUUCCUGAAGCAAAGUUGGAAAGGAACGGUUCUAGUGGUUGAUGCACUGUAAAAUUAGUCAUUUGUCCACUUUAAAUUCAAGAGCUAGAAAACAGAUUGAACAUCAUUAGUUAAGCGUCUUAUAGCUCUGGUUUUUGGUUAAGUGUUGAUUGGUUGCCUCAUUUCGAAAUCUAGCUACCUCAACAGAUGUGUAUUUCUCAGUUUUAAACCUAUGAUGUUUGUGCAGUAACCCAAGAACCUUCCACUCCAGUGACCAGAUUGUUGCUUGUUUAUUAUUAUUAUAUAUAACUGAUGUUGGCUAGUUUAAGUUGGGUUAUAUUUUUUCGUCUCUCAUUACUACUAGGUCAUCCCUUGAGAUUGACUCUUGGCUUUUGAUUAAUAAGCUCAACAACCAGUUUUUACUUUGUGAUCCUCUCAAUAGGAGUUCAUCGAAUUCUUUGAUGUGCUGGGAGAUGCUCUUUAGCUGAAUGUGGAUAUUGCUCUUUCUGGUGUUAGACUAAGGAAUGAGCUCCCUUCAUGUAGAUACUCUUUAGUCGAAUGUGGCAAAUACCCUCUCUAAGGUUAAACAUAGGAAUGAGGACUUCCCUCCGAUGUAUUAGUGUUAUGUAAUUCUUUUUCAUACUGGCAAUUGUUGUUCCCAAUUUUUUACCUCAAGGCAGGCAUUACCACUAGGCCUAACAUGCAAUCCUUCUCUUUUAUCAUGAGUAAUACAACAAAAAUUGCUUAUGCUUCGGAUUGAUAGUGAGGUCAUCAACCGGAUUUUACUUUGGACUCCCUCUCAGUAUGCAAUCUGCGGACUGAUGUUCUUGUGAUUUGGCAUAUUUAUAUCACUUGUUAAGUGUUAUAUUGGGUCUCUCGUUCCAACAGUUAGUUCAAGGGGUUAUAACUUGCCUCAUAAUUAUGAUGCAUAUGUAACCCCUUUUUAAAGUUCAAUGUAGCAUAGAUCGAUAGAUCAGAAAGAUCCUAAUGUUCUAAGCUCUUUUACACUAUGUAGGACACCGUGCGCUUGAACAAUUAAUUAUGUACAUUAAAACUGUUUAUUUAUUUGCUAGGAAACAGAUGAAAUGAAUCAUAAUUGGACCACUUUACAUAAUGAUUCUGAUGUGAUCGGCUUGCACUGGUUAUGUAUGUUUUCACUGUAAACAAAAGUAAGGAUAACUUUUUUAAUUAUUGAUACGAUGGUGCUACUGCUACCUAUAUUUGUACUUCUCUCAUCUCAUAUCAAACAUAUGUUAUCACUUACCAGUGUCAUACUUGGUUGGGAUUUGGAUUGGUAAUGAAAUUGUCGCAGACAACCCAUUGCUGAACAUCAUGCUUACCAGUGCGAUAUUUGUUGCAGUAUCUCCAGCCUUUAAUAAGCUUCCAAUGGUCUGGUGUGGGUCAUAAUGUGUUUCAUGUUUUGUUGCUUGUACUGUAGUUUGUCAAUCGAUUCUUCAAGCUGGCAAAUGCAUUGACAGUAUCUUUUUUGCACCCCUGAUAAUGACUGCACCAGUCCUUUCUGGUGUUCUUUGCACUCAUGGUAAGCAAUAACGGUUGUUAAUGCGUACUAAUUUUGUCCUUGAAGCUCACUAACUGCUUUGCUAGUUCGGAUUUCUCUUUUGCUGCUAGUUAGGUGAACAAGACACCAGGUCAGUCAGGCAUGUACAGGUAACUAGGUGAGUGUGCGAGUAUGACCUCCAAGGGCAGGCUCCCAUGUAAAUUGAUGAAAAAAAGUAGCUGUGCUAAUAGGUCCACCGGUGAGCUUUAUGCGACUAGCCUUAAAUUAUCUUAUGUUAACCAGGCGCAAUACGGGUACCGUUAGCUUGAAAGUCAAACCAUUGGGUCCAAUUAGGCUACUAUUAUUAUUAUUAAGAUUUACGGACCCAAAUAUUAAUGUUAAUAUCUUGAUUAGCAUACAUUGGCCUAAUGACUAAUACGUUCGGUUGACCAGUUUAUCAUCUAUGUUGUGCUUGUGGCUAUGGGCAAUACGAUUAAUGAUUAGUCCUAUAUCGCUCUAAUAAAAGGCUGUACCCAAACAUUGAAUCUUCCAAGUCAUUUAAAUUCUGCAAGCCCAAUAACAAAGUGUUAUUUGUUAUAUUGAAACCCAAUAUAGUGUAUAAAUAUUUGGCCCGUAUGAUGUAUAAAUAUUCUUGUAUAGGCCUAGCUAGUAUUGAACCUUCACAGAGGCUUGGAGAAUUAAAAACCUACCAAUACCAAUUCUUUACUGGAUAAAAGCCCAAGACUCGUCUUCUUAAUUUUUGGUAGGCAGAAUAAGUUCCGUCGGGCCCAAACCAGAAUAUGGUAAGCCCAUUUAAUUAUAUAGUUGCCCGUCAUCACCAAGAACGGCCCAAUAGCGGGUUAUAUUUGCAUAGACGGAUAUUCACACUCGAAUUAAUGGGCCUAGUAAAACAUACACCUCGGCGAAACUAUAAUGGAUAGUUUUCAAAAUCGAUUAAUAAUAAUAACAAAAAAUUGGCUAAAACUAGUGAUUAAUAAACUUCGAAAUUGGCGAGUAAUAGUAUAAAUAGUAUACUAAAAAAGCUGUCAAAAUCUUUGAUAGAUUAUCUUUAAAAUAGGUCAAUAAUGACAUUUGUAAAUAUCAGUCAAAAUCUGUGAUGAAUAGUCUUCAAAAUUGAUGAAUAAUAAUACUAUUUUUCUUCGAUAAUUAAGUAUAUUAAGCACCGAUUUGGUCAUAUUUUUUUCAGGGUCAUUUUUAGCAGAUAACAAAGGGAGAUUUAGGGCGCUUUUUUUGAAGGGUAAUUUCCCUUAAAUUUUAACAACUACAAAUCACGAAUUCGUACUGAGGCAAAUUUUCACGGAUGAUUAAGUAGAUUAAACAUUGAUUUGAGCGAAUUUUUUCCUGUGUCAUUUUUAAAAGCCAUUUUUUCUUGGAUUUUGAAUGCAACAGAUCAUGGAUUUGUUCUGAGUCUAUUCUUCACAAAUGAUAAAGUCACUUUACUUGGAUUUUGAAGGCUAAAAAUCACGGAUUCUGCCUUGGACUAUUUUUCAACGAAGAUUAAGUCCAUUAAACACCGAUAGAAAAUGACAUUUCGGGAAAAUCGUCCAAAAUCUGUGAUGGAUUGAUGAUACACUUUGGAAUCUGCCAAAAAUUGACCCGGAUUAAAUCCUUCCAAGUUGGUGCUUAAUGGACGUAAUAGUCAUUGAAGAAUAGCAUCAAGCCGGAUCCGUGAUCUGUAGCCUCCAAAAUCAAAGUAGUCCGAAAAAUAACGAAAAAUGCCAUCCAAAUAAAUUUUUUUUGGCCCAAAUCGGUGAAUAAUGGACUUAUCAUCCGUGGAUAAUAGGAUUAAUAGACUUCAUUAUUGGUGGAGAAUAGCCUCGCACUGAAUUCGUGAUCUGUACCUCCAGAAUCAAAAGAAAAUGGCAUUUCGUGAAAAUCGACCAAAAUCUGAGAUGGUACCCCUUUGGAAUCUGCCAAAAAUUGACCCAGAAUAAAUCCGUGAUCUAUAGCCUUCAAAAUCCAUUGAAAAUGGCUUUCGUCGCCAAAAAAAUUAGGAAAAUGUCAUCCGAAAAUAAAUUCACCAAAUCGGUGCUUAGUGCACUUAUCAUACGUGAAGAAUAGAAUCAGUAGACUUCAUUAUCGGUGGAGAUUAGCGUCGGUCUGAAUCCGUGAUCUGUACCAUACAGAAUCGAAAGAAAAUGACAUUUCAAAAAAAUCACACAAAAUCUGUGCUGCCCUUUGAAUCUGCCAAAAAUUGACUUGAGAUAAGUCCGCCCAAAUCAGUGCUUAAUUUACGUAAUCAUGGCUGAAGAUUAGCUUCACGCCGAAUCCGUGAUCCGUAGCCUUUAAAAUCCAAUGAAAAUGGCCAUUCGUCGCCCAAAAAAUUACGAAAAUGUCAUCCAAAAAUAAAUUUGACCAAAUCGAUGCUUAAUGGACUUAUCAUCCGAGGAGAAUAGGAUAAUAGACUUCAUUAUCGGUGGAGAAUAGCCUUUGCCUUAAUCUGUUAUCUGUAGCCUCGAGAAUCAAAAGAAAAUGACAUUUCGGGAAAAUCGCUCAAAAUAUGUGAUGGUACCCCUUUGGAAUCUGCCAAAAAUUGACCCAAAAUAAAUCCUCUCAAAUCGGUGUUUAAUGGACGUAACCGUUGUUGAAGAACAGCUUCAGGUCGAAUCCGUAAGCUGUAGCCUUCAAAAUCCAAAUAAAAUGGGUUUUCGCUGACCUAAAAAUUACGAAAAUGGCAUCGAAAAAUAAAUUGGCCCAAAUCGGUGCUUAAUGGACUUAUCAUCCGUGGAGAAUAGGAUAAAUAGAUGACAUUAUCGGUGGAGAUUAGCAUCGGCCUGUAGCGUGAUCAGUAGCCUCUAGAAUCGAAAGAAAAUGACAUUUCUAGAAAAUCGCCCAAAAUCUGUGAUGGUACCCUUUUAGAAUCUGUCAAAAAUUGAUCUGGAAUAAAUCCUCCCAAAUUUUUGUUUAAUGGACGUAAUAUUUUUUGAAGAAUAGCCUCAGACCGAAUCCGUGAUCUGUAGCCUUCAAAUCCAAAGAAAAAUGGCUUUUCGCUACGCUAAAAUUACGAAAAUGCCAUCCGAAAAUAAAUUGGCCCAAAUCGCUGCUUAAUGGUCUUAUUAUCCAUGGAGAAUAGGAUCAAUAGAUUUCAUUAUCGGUGGAGAAUAGCCUCGGCCUGAAUCCGUGAUCUGUAGCCUCGAGAAUCAAAAGAAAAUGGUAUUUCGGGAAAAUCGCCCAAAAUCAGUGAUGGUACCCCUUUGGAAUCUUUCAAAAAUUGAUCCGUAAUAAAUCCUCCCAAAAUUGUUUAAUGGACAUAAUCUUUGUUGAAGAAUAACCUCAGGCCAAAUCCGUGACCUAUAGCCUUCAAAAUCCAAAGAAAAUGGCUUUUCGUUGCUCUAAAAAUUACGAAAAUGCCAUCAGAAAAUAAAUUGAUCCGAAUUGGUGCUAAAUGGACUUAUCAACCGUGGAGAAUAAGAUCAAUAGACUUCAUUAUCGGUGGAGAAUAGCCUCGGCUUGAAUCCUUGAUCUGUAGCCUCGAGAAUCAAAAGAAAAAGGCAUUUUUGGGGAAAUCGCCCAAAAUCUGUGAUGGUACCCCUUUGGAAUCUGUAAAAAAUUCACCAAGAAUAAAACCUCCCAAAUUUUUGUUUAAUGGACGUAAUCUUUUUUGAAGAAUAGCCUCAGGCCGAAUCCGUGACCUAUAGCCUUCAAAAUCAAAAGAAAAUGUCCUUUCCCUGCCCUAAAAAGUACGAAAAUGCCAUCCGAAAAUAAACUGACCUAAAUCGGUGCUUAAUGGACUUAACAUCCAUGUAGAAUAGGAUCAAUAGACUUCAUUAUCGGCGGAGAAUAGCCUCGGCCUGAAUCCGUGAUCUGUAGCCUCGAGAAUCAAAAGAAAAUGGCAUUUCGGGGAAAUCAACCAAAAUCUGUGAUGGUACCCCUUUGGAAUGUGCCAAAAAUUGACCCUAAAUAAAUCAUCCCAAAUUGGUGUUUAAUGGAUGUAAUCGUUGUUGAAGAAUAGUCUCAGGCCGAAUCCGUGAUAUGUAGCCUUCAAAUCCAAAUAAAAUGACUUUUCGGUGCCCUAAAAUUUCCGAAAAUGCCAUCCGAAAAUAAAUGGACCAAAAUCAGUGUUUAAUGGACUUAAAAACCGUGGAGAAUAGGAUCAACUAAAUACAUUAUCGGUGGAGAAUAGCCUCGGCCUGAAACCGUGAUUUGUAGCCUCGAGAAUCAAAAGAAAAUGGCAUUACGGGAAAAUCACCAAAAAUCUGUGAUGGUACCCCUUUGGAAUCUGUCAAAAUUUGAUCUGGAAUAAAUCAUCACAAAUUUUCGUUUUCUGGACGUAAUCGUGGUUGAAGAAUAGCCUCAGGCCGAAUCUAUGAUCAGUAGCCUUCAAAAUCCAAAGAAAAAGGCUUUUCGCUGCGCUAAAAAUUACGAAAAUGCCAUCAGAAAAUAAAUUGGUCAAAAUCAGUGUUUAAUGGACUUAUCAACUGUGGUGAAUAGGAUCAAUAGACUUCAUUAUCGAUGCAGAAUAGCCUCAGCCUGAAUCCGAUAUUGGGCGAUUUUUCCGAAAUGCCAUUUUCUUUCGAUUCUGGAGGCUACAGAUCACGAAAUCAGGCCGAGGCUAUUCUCCACCGAUAAUGAAGACUAUUGAUCCUAUUCUCCACGGAUGAUAAGUCCAUUAAACACCGAUUUGGGCCUUAUUUUCGGAUGACAUUUUCGUAAUUUUGUGGGCGUCGAAAUGCCAUUUUCUUUGGAUUUUGAAGGCUACAGAUCACGGAUUCGGCUCGAGACUAUUCUUCAACGAUGACUAAGUCCAUUAAGCACCGAUUUGGGCGGAUUUAUUUCGCGUCAAUUUUUGGUAGAUUGCAAAGGGAUACCAUCACCGAUUUUGGGCGAUUUUUCCGAAAUGCCAUUUUCUUUCGAUUCUGGAGGCUGCAGAUCACGAAAUCAGGCCGAGGCUAUUCUCCAUCGAUAAUGAAGUCUAUUGAUCCUAUUCUCCCCGGAUGAUAAGUCCAUUAAACACCGAUUUGGGCAAAUUUAUUUUCGGAUGGCAUUUUCGUAAUUUUGUGUGCGUCGAAAUGCCAUUUUCUUUGGAUUUUGAAGGCUACAGAUCACGGAUUCGGCCUGAGACUAUUCUUCAACGAUGACUAAUUCCAUUAAGCACCGAUUUGGGCGGAUUUAUUCCGGGUCAAUUUUUGGUAGAUUGCAAAGGAGUAACAUCACCGAUUUUGGGCGAUUUUUCCGAAAUGCCAUUUUCUUUCGAUUCUGGAGGCUACAGAUCACGAAAUCAGGCCGAGGCUAUUCUCCACCGAUAAUGAAGUCUAUUGAUCCUAUUCUCCACGGAUGAUAAGUCCAUUAAACACCGAUUUGGGCCAAUUUAUUUUCGGAUGGCAUUUUCGUAAUUUUGUGGGCGUCGAAAUGCCAUUUUCUUUGGAUUUUGAAGGCUACAGAUCACGGAUUCGCCCUGAGACUAUUCUUCAACGAUGACUAAGUCCAUUAAGCAACGAUUUGGGCGGAUUUAUUCCGGGUCAAUUUUUGGCAGAUUGCAAAGGGGUACCAUCACCGAUUUUAGCGAUUUUUUCGAAAUGCCAUUUCCUUUCGAUUCUGGAGGCUACAGAUCACUAAAUCAGGCCGAGGAUAUUCUCCACCGAUAAUGAAGUCUAUUGAUCCUAUUCUCCACGGAUGAUAAGUCCAUUAAACACCGAUUUGGGCCAAUUUAUUUUCGGAUGACAUUUUCGUAAUUUUGUGGGCGUCGAAAUGCAAUUUUCUUUGGAUUUUGAAGGCUACAGAUCACGGAUUGGGCCUGAGACUAUUCUUCAACGAUGACUAAGUCCAUUAAGCACCGAUUUGGGCGGAUUUAUUUUGGGUCUAUUUUUGGCAGAUUGCAAAGGGGUACCAUCACCGAUUUUGGGCGAAUUUUCCGAAAUGCCAUAUUCUUUCGAUUCUGGAGGCUACAGAUCACGAAAUCAGGCCGAGGCUAUUCUCCACCGAUAAUGAAGUCUAUUGAUCCUAUUCUCCACGGAUGAUAAGUCCAUUAAACACCGAUUUGGGACAAUUUAUCUUCGGAUGGCAUUUUCGUAAUUUUGUGGGCAUCGAAAUGCCAUUUUCUUUGGAUUUUGAAGGCUACAGAUCACGGAUUCGGCCUCAGACUAUUCUUCAACGAUGACCAAGUCCAUUAAGCACCAAUUUGGGCGGAUUUAUUCCGGGUCAAUUUUUGGCAGAUUGCAAAGGGGUACCAUCACCGAUUUUGGGCGAUUUCUCCGAAAUGCCAUUUUCUUUCGAUUCUGGAGGCUGCAGAUCACGAAAUCAGGCCGAGGCUAUUCUCCACCGAUAAUGAAGUCUAUUGAUCCUAUUCUCCACGAAUGAUAAGUCCAUUAAACACCGAUUUGGGCAAAUUUAUUUUCGGAUGACAUUUUCGUAAUUUUGUGGGCGUCGAAAUGCCAUCUUCUUUGGAUUUUGAAGGCUACAGAUCACGGAUUCGGCCUGAGACUAUUCUUCAACGAUAACUAAGUCCAUUAAGCAAUGAUUUGGGCGGAUUUAUUCCGGGUCAAUUUUUGGCAGAUUGCAAAGGGGUACCAUCACCGAUUUUGGGCGAUUUUUCCGAAAUGCCAUUUUCUUUCGAUUCUGGAGGCUACAGAUCACCAAAUUAGGCCGAGGCUAUUCUCCACCGAUAAUGAAGUCUAUUGAUCCUAUUCUCCACGGAUGAUAAGUCCAUUAAACACCGAUUUGGGCCAAUUUAUUUUCGGAUGACAUUUUCGUAAUUUUGUGGGCGUCGAAAUGCAAUUUUCUUUGGAUUUUGAAGGCUACAGAUCACGGGUUGGGCCUGAGACUAUUCUUCAACGAUGACUAAGUCCAUUAAGCACCGAUUUGGGCGGAUUUAUUCCGGGUCAAUUUUUGGCAGAUUGCAAAGGGGUACCAUCACCGAUUUUGGGCGAUUUUUCCGAAAUGCCAUUUUCUUUCGAUUCUGGAGGCUACAGAUCACGAAAUCAGGCCGAGGCUAUUCUCCACCGAUAAUGAAGUCUAUUGAUCCGAUUCCCCACGGAUGAUAAGACCAUUAAACACCGAUUUGGGCCAAUUUAUUUUCGGAUGGCAUUUUCGUAAUUUUGUGGGCGUCAAAAUGCCAUUUUCUUUGGAUUUUGAAGGCUACAGAUCACGGAUUCAGUCUGAGACUAUUCUUCAACGAUGACUAAGUCCAUUAAGCACAGAUUUGGGCGGAUUUAUUCCGGGUCAAUUUUUGGCAGAUUGCAAAGGGGUACCAUCACAGAUUUUGGGCGGUUUUUCCGAAAUGCCAUUUUCUUUCGAUUCUGGAGGCUACAGAUCACGAAAUCAGGCCAGGCUAUUCUUCACCGAUAAUGAACUCUAUUGAUCCUAUUCUCCACGGAUGAUAAGUCCAUUAAACACCGAUUUGGGCCCAUUUAUUUUCGGAUUGCAUUUUCGUAAUUUUUUGGGCGUCGAAAUGCCAUUUUCUUUGGAUUUUGAAGGCUACAGAUCACGGAUUCGGCCUGAGACUAUUCUUCAACGAUAACUAAGUCCAUUAAGCAACGAUUUGGGCGGAUUUAUUCCCUGUCAAUUUUUGGCAUAUUGCAAAGGGGUACCAUCACCGAUUUUGGGCGAUUUUUCCGAAAUGCCAUUUUCUUUCGAUUCUGGAGGCUACAGAUCACGAAAUCAGGCCGAGGCUAUUCUCCACCGAUAAUGAAGUCUAUUGAUCCGA